GCCACAGCGCCGCCUCGUCCCGCCUUCCCCCGGGGGGCACCGCCGGGGGAGCGUCCCCGCCCCCGCCCCCCGCUGCUCCCGACGCCUCUUCCCGGGCAUCCCCGGCGGGCACCCCCGGCGGGCACCGGCGGGCAUCCCCGGCGGGCACCGGCGGCGGGGGCCACGAUGCGGUCCGUGCGGAAGCGGUGGACGGUGUGCACCAUCAGCAUCCUCCUCAUCGUCUACAAGACAAAAGAAAUGGCCCGACCCGAGGACCGCCAGGACGCGCCGCUCGCAGGAGACGGCGAGCUGAGUUUGAGUAGAUCCCUGGUUAAUAGUUCCGAUAAGAUCAUCCGGAAAGGUGGCUCUUCAAUCUUCCAGCACUCUGUAGAAGGUUGGAGAAUCAAUUCGACUUUGGUCCUGGAGAUCAGGAAGAACAUACUCCGGUUCCUGGAUGCGGAAAGAGAUGUCUCCGUGGUGAAGAGCAGUUUCAAGCUGGGAGACGUGAUCCACUAUGUGUUGGACCGACGUCGCACCCUCAACAUCUCUCAGGACUUACACAGACUCCUCCCCGAGGUCUCCCCCAUGAAAAACCGGCGCUUCAAAACCUGCGCCGUGGUUGGAAACUCCGGCAUUCUGCUGGAGAGCGAAUGCGGCAAGGAGAUCGACAAGCACGACUUUGUCAUCAGGUGCAAUCUAGCUCCUGUGGUGGAGUUUGCUGCCGAUGUGGGAACUAAAUCUGAUUUUAUUACCAUGAAUCCAUCAGUUGUACAAAGAGCAUUUGGAGGCUUUCGGAAUGAAAGUGACAGAGAAAAAUUUGUGCAUAGACUAUCCAUGCUGAAUGACAGUGUCCUUUGGAUCCCUGCUUUCAUGGUCAAAGGCGGAGAGAAGCAUGUGGAGUGGGUUAAUGCCUUAAUCCUUAAGAAUAAAUUGAAAGUGCGAACUGCCUAUCCAUCACUGAGACUUAUUCAUGCUGUCAGAGGUUACUGGCUGACCAACAGGGUUCACAUCAAAAGACCCAGCACAGGCCUCCUCAUGUACACCCUCGCCACAAGAUUCUGUGACGAAAUUCACUUGUACGGAUUCUGGCCCUUCCCGAAGGAUUUAAAUGGGAAAGCAGUCAAAUACCAUUACUAUGACGACCUCAAAUACAGGUACUUUUCCAACGCCAGCCCCCAUCGGAUGCCACUGGAGUUUAAAACUUUAAACGUGUUGCACAACAGAGGAGCGCUCAGAUUAACAACAGGAAAAUGCGAACAGCAAUAAGUCCACCCGAAAGGCUCCUCUUCGACAAAAACUUACCCCUCCAGUUGUUGGAAUGGAAGUGGGAUUCCAAAAGAGGAAAGAUUCCCUUACCCGUUAAGUCACUGGGGGAUGAAAAAGAGGAAAUUGACGCGAAACCUAUUAUCAGCAGAUGACCUACCUGUAAACGUAGGCAUUUCUGACUGCAAGGAAUUGCCAGUUUAAGAACCCAGCUUGAAUGUAUAAUCAGUAGCGUUUACAAGACCCGACAAAAAUUCGCCAUCCAUGAGAGAAGCCAAUGUAGUCCUCUGGCACUCCACACCUACAACAAAUCGAUCGGAGGGGAGUCCGAGAAGAAACUGGUUUCCUCGUGGGAGAUCAAAUCACUGUUGUCCGGAAAACCCACGACAGAAACAGUUUAAGCAACAGAAUGCUUAAGAUCGAACAAUUCAAGCAAAUGCCUUCAGUCAGGAGACCGUGUCUGAUCUUGUAUUAUAACCUCAUGUUUUGAUUUCUGUUAUUGCUGUCUUUUGGUUUCUAUUUGGUCUGGGGGAUUGGGAAUAUGAACAGGAACACAUAAAUGAUCAAAGAAUCACUUUUGAAGUUCAUAUCUCGAAAAAAAGUCAUUCAGACAUCUCUCAUAAUGCACAAAAGGACAUUGCCAAAUUAUUUUUGGAUGAUGUGGUAAAUUGCCCACUAAAUGAGGGGAUUCAGUCACCUGCAGCCCUUCUUUAAGAAAGAUCUACCUGUUCCGUGACAUCAAGGAAGGUGAAAAGUGAAUGAAAAGGUGCCCUUAUUUUUGGUACCAAAGAUUACACUGUUUUUUGUUGGGUUUUUUUUUUAGCACAAGAAACUUUUCUCUCUCCACUGAAGUAAUAUGUCUUUUUGGUAAUAUGGUGUUUGACUGCCCAGUUGAAAGUAGUCCCUGAGAGAUUUAUUUUAGUUCCAAAAACCAGUAUUUUGUUAAACUCUGGUUGGAAUAAAAACCAGCAUCUCUCAACUUUGAAUUUACUAAGACUCGGCUGACACAUUCGGGCAUUAAGAGGUCUUGAACUGAAACAUGGACUGGUGGUUUAAAAUUUCUCUUUCCAUUUGAAUAUGGAGAUUGGCUCGACGUUUAAGGGGUUUUUCAAUUCUAUGUUUAGUAAAAGAGAUAAUAGACUCUCUGAAGAGUGUUCAUUUCCUAGCAGAGGAGGGUCGUUUGGGGAAGCAAGUUGAAAAGGAAUUUACACAUCAGAAUUUCACACUUCAAAGGAACUAAAGUCACCAAGCAUAUUCAGCCGGUCAGUUUGGUUGUGAACUCGCUUUUGUAAAGGUGAAAUGAAU